AGUUUAUAUCUGUAUUUUUAUGUAUUUGUUUACACGGGUUACGGAAACAGCCGAUCGUCACUCAAAUCAAUAUGGCGGCAAAACGUCGGCAGCAAAAUUCUGCGGCUCAUGAAAAUGGGAAUAAAAGUACAUCAAAUAAUAAUGGGAAGGUAAAACCAUCGCGUCGGAAGGAUCGAGGAAGUGGAGAUGCAUCUACUGGUCAAAUUUCAAAGUGGAGACAACUCGGAAUUCCAUAUUUAACGCUUGUUGGAGUUCUUGCGAUCACAUGCGGGGUUCUACACAGGAACCAUAUCUCCUUCAUGUUUGAGAGUGAUCGGCACUUUUCUCACUUGUCUUCAUUGGAAAGAGAGCUGGCAUUUAGAACAGAAAUGGGUCUCUAUUACUCCUACUUCAAAACUAUGAUUGGUGCACCUACUGUGAUGGAUGGUCUGAAUCAGAUCAUGUAUGACAACGGCACAGAGUUCCCACUCACCAUUAACACACUGAAGAGAUUUAACUUAUAUCCCGAGGUGGUAGUGGGUAUACUAUUUAGAGGAUUCACAAGCAUCACUACACAUUUUAAAAUUCACACAAAGACCUGUUGGAACAUUAACAGGGGAAAGGACUUAUCCCCAGUACAGAGUUGUGAGGGUAUAGGAGAUCCUGCCUACUUUUAUAUAGAGCAUGUAUUCUUCCUGAAUGGUCUCAUGAUGUCUUGUUUCUUUCUGUUUGGCACGUAUAUCAGUGGGAGUAUAUUUGGAGGUUUGAUCUCAGUGUGUUCUUUCUUCUUCAACCAUGGUGAGGCCACCAGAGUACAAUGGACUCCUCCACUCAGGGAAAGCUUUGCAUAUCCUUUUCUAGUUAUUGAAAUGCUGCUGGUAACACACAUUCUAAAAAUACCACGUCCUCAGCUGAAGCACAGCAUUCUCCUUGCAAUCUCUACAAUGAGCUUUAUGCUUCCAUGGCAGUUUGCUCAGUUCUGUUUGUUGACACAAGCAGUAGCUGUGUUUGGGACGUAUGUUCUACAGUAUAUUGGCUCUCACAAGUUCAAGGUCAUAUUGAACGGCCUAUCACUGGGUCUCGUACUAAGUUAUGGUUUCCUAUUUGGGAAUGAGAUGCUCCUGACAUCUUUCUUUGCUGCUUGUUUGGUUACUUUACAUGUGAUAGUGCAUUUGGAGCCACUCCUAGAAAAAUUGAAAGUUAGAUUCCUGAUAUGGGUUGCUCAAGGGGGCCUGCUGCUAGUGGGUACAGUGGGAAUCAAGUUUCUGCUCAGUAAACUUUUCAUGAUUGCUGAUGAUGCUCAUAUUGGUGAUAUUUUCAGAAGCAAGUUCACAGAUUUUAAAAAUUUCCACACAAUGCUUUAUACAUGUGCUGCCGAGUUUGACUUCAUGGACAAAGAGACACCUGGGAAGUUAACACACACCCUGCUCAUUCCUGCAACUCUGAUCUCAACUACAGCCCUUAUCUUCCAUGUUUUAAAAAGUGAGUACACUGCCUGGAAAGGGAGCCAAGGGGAAAUGGAAGGUGAACAAGAAAUUGAAGUUGAAGACAUUAAAUAUCGCUCUAAACCACAUGCAGAGCUUCUCUAUAAUGUGUUCCAACUGAUUGGAUACACAGCCAUGGCCAUUAUGAUCAUGCGUCUCAAACUUUUUUGGACGCCCCAACUUUGCCUCAUAGCCUCCCUACUAGCUUCAAGACAGCUAUUUAGUUUUAUAAAAAGACAAGAAAUCCACUGGGCCAUUUUGGCAGCUGUUCUAGGUCUGAUGUCCAUCCAGGGUAUUUCCAACCUCCAGAAACAAUGGGCCAUAUUGGGAGAGUUCAGUAAUGUUCCAAUGGAAGAGAUGAUAGAGUGGAUUAACACAAGGACACCCAAAGAUGCUGUGUUUGCUGGUCCCAUGCCUACUACUGCUACAAUAAAGCUAUGUACUUUACGCCCCAUAGUAAACCAUCCACAUUACGAAGAUGCAGGCCUCAGAGAGAGGACUAAAAAGGUUUACUCGAUGUAUAGUCGUAAACCUGCUGAGGAGGUUUAUGCCACAUUACUAGAGAUGGGGGUGGACUAUGCUGUGCUGGAGGAGUCUUGGUGUGUUAGGAGAACUAAAGAGGGAUGUGGUAUGGUUGAAAUCUGGGAUCUAGAGGAUGUCAAGAAUCGUGGACAACCUCCUCUUUGUGAAGUCCUUGGGGAGAAUCCAGGGCCGUAUUUUGAGCCAGCGUUUAAAAAUAGCGUUUAUAAAAUUCUAAAGCUCAAGAAGACUAAAACAUCACAAAGAUCAUAAAUUGUGAGAUACUAAUGCAAUAUUUAUUUAUGUGAUGAGCUAUUGCUGUGAAAGAGGAGAGAGUAAAUAGAAAGGAGAUACGGAGAAAAAACUGCACAGAUGGAAACUCUUAUUUGUGGGGAAAAGCCAACAGCUCUUAUCCAAAUACAGGGUAACCAGAAAAAGGAGACCGAAAAAGAUUUUGACUUACUUCUUUGAUAAUGAUGAUUUAAUUUUCACUUUCAUUGAUGUCACUUGUGGAGAAGAUAAUGCCUAUUUCAGUGGUCUAUUUUUUUCCAGUCACCCUGUAUGGAUUUUUUCAGGAUAUUGUUAAGAAGAGAAACAGACCCUGGUCAGAAUUGAAAGGGUAGAGUCAGUAAUCCUUAGUAACCAAAAAUAUUUUUUAUUCAUAAUGAAAUGUAGUUUGCACUUUGGUUCAGACCUCAUUUUCUGAAAAUAUUAGAACUUGAAAAGGUUGCUCU